AUGUAUCAUCCAGAGUCUUCAGAUUCUACAGGUUGUACGGAAGAAUACUUGCACAGUCCUGUUGAUGUGCUUAACGAAACUGGAGUGUCUGAAGAUGGUUAUUCUGAAGAACCUUCAUUGACAACAGAUGAAAUAGUAAAUGAAAAUGUCAUAUAUCUGCACGGACUUCCUUAUGAUAUACUUAGCAAAGAAGAAUCGAAACAUUUACACAUUUACGCAAAAUCGGAGACAGAACUAGGAGCAAUUCCGAAGAUCGUACCCUUGUAUGCAGAUGAAAUAAAAGCAACAGGAGAUUUUCAAAAGACGAUCAUGCACAAACCUAUAUUCUCAUCAAAACAACAUCGGCAAAAUGGAAACAUUCGGUUAUGGCAGUUUCUUUUAUGUCUUUUGACAAAUCUAAAAUUUAAUCCUUCUCAUAUCAAAUGGACCAACCAAAGUUCUGGAGAGUUCAAAAUCCUGAGGAGUAAAGAUAUAGCUCACAUGUGGGGAGAAAUGAAGAACAAUAAUCGAAUGACGUAUGAAAAGAUGAGUCGUGCAAUGAGGUAA